AUGCCAUCGGACACCCGUGCACCAACGCCCGAACCUCUUCUCGGGUCGUGGCCGCUCGGGCUCAUUGUCGAGCUUGGGCUGCUGUCCUUUGUGGGCAACAUCGUCUACACUAGCCUGUACUACACCUCAAAGCUGUUCCGGCAUUUCCGCCUGUCGGAGAUCAAGAAACAGCUCAGCGACCUCAUACCUCCUGGAGCCCAGCCGGUGGGACAGUGCCCCGCGACCUACUCGGAAUGGAUCGACUACCCCCGGCUUGGAUGCAGAGCGGACGCUGCACAUGUGACUGAGCGCGCGAGGACAGUGACGUGGAUCCUGUUCGGCGCUGGCGUCUCCGCAGUCGGACUAGUGCUUGUUCGCAAGGCACGCGAUGCCGGCGUGACAUUUUCGCUUCCUUGGGCUCCGAGCCACCCCGAGCCCUCCAACACUAGCCUCAGCAGCUACGACCGGCGCCGAGGAACGCCAGGUCCGAGACCUCCCGGACCGCCCCCGCAUCGCCCGGAGCACCUGCGCAUACCUUGGUGGCUAGAGCCGGCGCUCACACUCCUCGCAGCUCUCUCCGUGUUUGUCUUCCUCCUCAUCGGGUGGAAGCUGCUCACGCAGCAGGGUUACCAGGAGGGUUAUGGCAUGCCCAAGUGCACCCCAGGUCCUUUCGGGACACCCGCAUGGGUGUACGAGUACAGCGGCAGAUCGGCCCAGUGCGUUGACGCCUGGUGGUUGUAUCUUUUAGGCUUCCUGCAGAUGUUCAAUGCUGCAUGCGCUGCAGUCCUAAACGGACUUGCAGUUGUCCUCGUGCGAAAGGAACUUCUCCACGACGGAUGGGACUGGUUGUAG